AUGCUCUCACGUGUUGCUGCUGUGAAGGCACCCCGCACAGACUACCGUCGCCGCGUGACCGGAUCCAGCGAAAGGAGGAGGGAAGGAAAGAAGAGUGAGCCGCGGAGGCCCAACAUGUCCCGGCGUGUGUUUACUUCCGCGGUGCUCCUCCUCGUGAUGAUUUUCUGCGGCACCUGUGGAGCUACGCAAGCUGUGGAACCGUCGUCUGAUCCGAAGCUUCAAUGGAAGGGCAUCAGUGUAGGUGAUGUAACUGUGAAAUCGUUGAGUGCUCCCGGCCUUUUGAAAGUGGGGAAUGACGUAUUUGCCGUUGCCGAGGCGCAGUGCAAGAAGAAUGAUGGAGAAGAUACCUUUACUGGCGUUGCAUCCCAACUUCUCACGGAAACAGCAGAUAACGAACCGGAGGAAGUGCUGAAUGAUGUGAAGGAUACACUAGUUCUGGAGGAAGGCAUAUCCUCAGAGAAGACGAGAGUAGAUGUGAGUCGACCGACAGCAGUUGUGGAUGGAGAUGAUAUUUACAUGCUUGUUGGGAAAUACAGUCGUAAAGGUGGUCAGGAGAGUGGUGCAGUUGACUGGGGACUAUUGCUGGUGAAAGGGGAAGUCAGUGGUGAAGAUGAAAGUAACAAACAAAUUGACUGGAAAGAUACCAACGCUGUGCCGAAGAAACCUAUGGGCGACCAACAAAACUCCUUGAAGCGACUGAUUGGCGGCGGCGGAUCGGGUCUUAAGAUGGAGGACGGUACGCUUGUGUUCCCAGUGGAAGGCACGAAGGAGAAGGAUGACAACGGAAAGGAUGAAAAAACCGUGUCGCUGAUUAUAUUAAAGGAUGCUGAGAGUUGGACGCUGUCGAAGGGGAUGUCUGACGAUGGCUGCAGUGAUCCCUCCGUGGUGGAGUGGAAGGACAAGCUCAUGAUGAUGACUGCGUGUGAUGGUGGCCGCCGCAGGGUGUACGUGUCCGGCGACAAGGGGGAGUCGUGGACGGAGGCCCUCGGGACACUCUCGCGCGUGUGGGGCAACAACAAAAAGGAGGGAGAAGGGAAGGCCGUUGGGAGCGGGUUCACCGCAGCGACAAUUGGUGUUGGAGAUGAUGAGAAGAAAAAUGUGAUGCUCGUUACUCUGCCGGUGUAUCCCAAAGAAAACCAAAAGGAAAAUAAAAAGGGCGAACUCCAUCUUUGGCUGACGGACAAUACGCACAUUGUUGAUAUUGGGCCGGUAUCCGGGGAAGGUGAGGACGUUGCCGCCAGCGCCCUGUUGCACAAAAGUGUUGAAGGUGAAACUAAUGAGGAGAAGAAGGAGUUGAUUGCACUGUACGAGAAGAAGAAGGGCGAUGCGGAAUCAUCACUCGGUAUGGUCUCUGUGCUUCUGACUGAGCAGCUGCAGCGGGUGAAGGAUGUGCUGGCGACCUGGAAGGAGGUGGACGGCCGUGUCUCCGAGCUGUGCCCUUCUGAGGGUGCUGUGAAGGGUCCCUCAACUGACAGUGCCUGCAGCGCUACUGUUAAGAUCACGGAUGGGCUGGUUGGCUUUUUGUCCGGCAACUUCUCUGAUGACACAUGGAGGGACGAGUACCUCGGGGUGAACGCCACAGUAAAGAAGGGAACGAAAGAAGGAGUGCCAGCAGGGGUAGCAGAGACUGCAGGGUCUUCUGAUGGAGUGACGUUCCGGGGAGCGUGGGCGGAGUGGCCUGUUGGCAGGCAGGGGGAGAAUCAGCUGUACCACUUUGCGAACUACAACUUCACUCUUGUGGCGACGGUGUCCAUCGACGGUGUGCCGAAGCAGGAGGGCCCGAUUCCAUUGAUGGGUGCGAUAUUGAAGAAUGCAGAGAAUCCAGUACUCCUGGGACUGUCGUACAACAACAAAGAAAAGAAGUGGACAUUAUUGUGUGGCGACGGAAAGAAGACGGAGCACAGCAGCACUUGGGAGACAAAAACGGAUACAACACGGUACCAAGUGGCCAUUGUGCUACAGAACGAAAAACAGGGUUCCGCGUACGUCGAUGGUCAGCGUGUGUUGGAGAAUGUGCAAUGCCAAUUGGAAGGUAAGGAAGAUAAAAACAUUUCCCACUUCUACAUUGGAGGGGAUGGAAGCAACUCGUGGAGCCAAGAAGACGUGUCUGUGACUGUGAGGAACGUCCUGCUGUACAACCGCCCGUUGGAUGACAGUGAGAUUACUGCGCUUAACACAAUUAAAGCCCCGAUUACGCCUCCGAAGGAAACAAAUGCGCAGGAAGUCGUGUUGCCUUCUCCUGGUGGAACACCGCAUGCGGGACAGGAACCUUUGAAUGGAGGUGAAGGUGCUGACGGUGGAAGUGCAUCCCCAUCAGCAGUGUCCGCUUCAACGACUUCCUCAGGAAGUGGGCAAUCUGUGAACCAACUCGCGCCAGGAAAGCCUCCCGAUGGAAAUGCAGAUGUGGAUGUCUCUCCCUCGUCUAGCGGUAACCCAACGGUGGGGGAGGGGAGUGCAGAUACGAUACAGGGGGAUGGACCGCACACACCCUCCGUGGGUAAUACCCCCGCCGCCGCAGAUACAAACGUUCUUACCGCUAAAGGCGAGGGGCACGAUGGACCCGCAUUGACACGUGAUGUGAGCGUGAGCUCUGGUGCGGAUGGGGAGACGGCAGGAGGAACGGAUGCGCAGGAGGAGGAGGGAAUCCAUCCGCAGGACAGGGACGUAAAUGCUACGGCCCUCGGCAGUAGUCUGGGAAAUUUGUCGCAAGGGAAUAACAGCGAUGCCGGCACUGUGUGUGGGAGGAGGGUGCCGCCGCUGCUCCUUCUGCUGUUGGGACUGUGGGGGUUUGCGGCUCAGUGA